GUAUAUAGAGACCUGUACUUAUAGGCAGGCACUGUACCGUCAGGUUUCAAUGGGAUAAUGACUUUCUAUGGUUGAACAUGAGAUGAUGACAAAACACUCCUGGGUCAGAUGGGAGCCGAAUGUCCUUUGAAUCAUUAGAUAAAAAGUUAAAGAUGAUUUACAUGCUAGUGGAAUAUUUGGAAACCAGUGGAAAUAUAAGGCUAAUCAGACAACAGUGUGCAAGAUAUUCACAGAACAAGGGAUUACUGGUUUACACCUUUAGAUUACUGAUAGAUCCUGUUUUACUGACAGAAGUCAAUGCUGAACUAGGAAAUUCACUGUUAAAUUCUCCAAAUGAUGUAAUAUUCUUGGUAAAGGAGGUUGUCUUUCAGAUAGUGACAUUAUUAGAACUGUUACCAAGUGACGUGACUUUUCCACAGAUUUCUGUUAUUAUCAGACUUAAUCAACUUCCCUCACUGUGUCAAAGUAAUACAAUACAGAGUAGUACAGAUCUGAGUAGACUAUCUUCAAUACAUGGCUUUGUUCAAUUUACUGGAAUUGUAAUAGGCAUGACAGCGCCAUCUAAAUAUACUCAGAGUACUAAAUAUAGAUGUCCUGAUGAAGAAUGUGAAGGUCAUCAUGGAAACCAAUUUAUCAGAGUUCAUGUCACUGGUGCAUCUGAAACACAAACAAUAAGGAGUGACUUCAGCUGUACCUUUUGUUGGAGACGUUUGGAGGAGGAGAAGUCUUGUAGAUAUUUAUCAGAAAAGAUGGUGAUAGAAGUGGUACCUGAUAAACUGGACUCAUGUGGUGAACCAAAUAGUUACAGAAUCCAAGCUAUCCCCGUAUAUUUAAGAGAUGACAUAACAAGAGGUGUUGAGUUGGGAGAGAAAUACAACGUGAUUGGACUUAUAAGAAAAGAUAUAAUGGGAGAAAACAUCAUGUUAGCUAUAGAGGCAAACAACAUCAUGAAGGUGACAUCUGAGACCAUACCUAAGUUUUCAACUGAAAUUCCAAAGAACAUCACAGAUUUAUAUGAAGAUUGUAAGUCAUCACCAUGGAGUUUUGUGUUGAAUUUAGCCUACUCUUUUGCUGAUCAGAUUUGCCCACCUGGGACGUACAUCAGAUUGAAGAUGUGUAUAUUGUUGAGCUUAGUAACACUAUUAGAUAAGCAGGAUAACGGUUACCCCUUACAUUUGUUAGCUGUUGGACAGGAUACUCUUCUUAUACACAGGCUAUUGAUGUAUGGUAAACAGUUUGCAGUUAAGACAUGUAAUCAUACUUCCACAAAUCACAUGUCAGGAAAAGUCACAUGUGACAAGUAUGAAAGUUCACCAUACUUCAUUGAAGCUGGAUCAUUUCAUUUGGCAAAGAAUGGUGUGUGCUAUAUUGGAGACAUAGAAAGAUAUAAAAAAUCAACAAAGGAACAAAUUCAAUCAGGUUUAGGACAAAGGAAGUUUAGCAUUGAUAUUAGCAGUAGAUAUACUGGUGGUUUGCCACAGCAGUUAGAAGAGACACUGUCAUGCCAUGUAUGGGGAUACACACAACCAUUCAAACAAAGACAAAGUAAUGAUCCAUUCAAAGGACUAAAUAUCAAUGACAGUUCAAAUACACUUCUGGAAUGUUUUAGUGUGGUACACUUUACAGACUAUGGUUCCAGUAAUACCAAUGAACAAGUUUAUUUACAAUGUGCACAUCAUCAGUUGACCUUAGCCAUGGGACAUAACUUAAAAUCUAACAUCUCAGAUGAGAACUUUCAUAAGUUUCUCAGAUAUGUGAAGUCUAUUUGUCCUAAAAUGACUGAAGAAUGUGAAGGUUUGUUACAUGGAUAUUACUUAGCCAGUAGGAAAACAAGAAGUUCUGAAAGUAACUCUAAAGUACCUGUUUCAGCUCUGAAAACAUUAUAUUCCCUGUCAAUGAGUCAUGCUAGACUCAGUCUGAGAAGUGAAAUAACAGUUGAAGAUGGUUUAAUGGCUAUCUGGAUCUAUGAAGAGUCCUUAACAGAAAGAUUAGGUCAUUCAUUACUGAGUCUACAGCCCUGCCCACAUGUUCAGCAUGACAAUAAACACCAGUACCUUGGAAAAGAGAAUGACCAUAUGAUGAGACAAUUCCAUGUAAAUCUCAUAAGAUUCUGUAACAACCAGCAACUCAGAGAGGAGUGAACAAGAUUUAUUUGGUGAACAAAGACUGAACAAAGCAUAUGAACAUAUAUAAAGAUUGUGGUACAUUUAUGUUGAGCAUAAACAGUUUAUGAAUCAGA